CAAAUAAGCAAGUCUACGAUUUGUUGUCUCGAAAAUCUCAGUCUGUAGUCAGGAUGAAAGUGCAUACUACAAGUGUACUUGACAUAAGUUAAUUUUUGUUGUUUGUCAUUAUAUUCGUAUUUUUACUGUUAUUUUUUAGAAGUGUGAGUGUUUGCCGACAGUUGUGGUAUUAGACGAUUUCAGGACUUCUGUCAUAAUUUGCAAAGCCUAAUUAAGGUGAAUUUUUCCAACGGUAUUAUGUUCAUUCGACGUUAUCACUUUGGUAGUCAGUAACAGUCAACUGAGUCAAAAGAAUGCAGUAAAACUACUCAAUUUAUCAUAUAGGCUGGGCUCCUAAUCUAUUCGAAUUCAUUGGUUAAAUCUGACCAUUGCCAACAUUGAAGCAACUAUAAUAUUGUAUUCAAAGUCAAUUUAUUACAGGAUAAUCUACUUCUUUUUCGAAAAAAAAAUUACGUCCUUGCUACAUUUCAGCUUCAACCGUUUUAACAUAAGAUACUUGCAAGUUGGUGUUCGCAGUCAACGUUUGAUGUAACGAAGGUGCAAGUUCUGUUAGGGGUGACUUUUAGGCGGCACUGAAUUGACUUUUUGAUCAUUUUGCUUUAUCAAAUAUAUUUUAAUCAAUAAAAUAUUACGUCAUCUUCCUCGUCGGACGAAGUAAUUUCGCAGCUUUACCUAUUAAGUAGUAGAAUGCAGUGGUUGCCUUUUGCCGACCCCGAGUGUACCAGCAGUCUACUCCACAUGUUAGUUCAGUAAUCUGUCGAACGUUCCUGAUCUUUCAUAAAUGUCAGGAUGUCCGACAAUUCCACUGAGUAACCAUAAUACCUGAAUCAUGACCUAAUAAAAAUAAUAAAAAUGGUAGACUGUAAUACAUGCCUUCUGCUAAGUAUCUGUGCCCUGACUUGUAAAACGUGUAAAGCUUAGAGCUAAACAUCAGAUGUGCAUGAGGUUGAUUCGGUUUAGAGGUCGAAGCCAUAUCGUAAAAUUGACCAUUUCGUGACAUAGUCGCAUUUCGAGAAAUGUAUCAUUAUUGGCCAGAUCAUAAUGUGCGGUGCGUUGACCAGAUCAUUGAUGACAAAUCGUUUAACGAUAUGAUGAUCUAGACGCGCGGCUACUUCAUGAAAUGGCCAAGCAUGUUUGGUCAAAUCAUAGAAUAUUUACAUUAAUUACCGAUCGAGGCGCUGGCGACGCUUGGGUUUUGAACUGAAGAUUCUAAUAAUUCGUUACCAAAUGAAGAAAAAAUGAUUAGAAUAUUUUGCCACUAAAAGGUACUCGAUUGCUAUACGUGCCACGCAAAUACAGAUUAAAACAUCAAAAAGCCGUUGAGCUCGAAACUUGUUAGUACUUCACUCUAAACUUACAUUAUCAUUCACUUAUUUGAAGUCAAAAUCGUGUGCCACUCAAAAUAUUGUAUUUGUAUGAAAAUCUAAUCUCUUUAUUUCAUUGUUAGGUUAUACGUCAAAUAAAGGAGCGUAGGGUGAACACGCUAGGUAAUAACUUAAUAUCUGAUAAAAAAAUGUUUGUUAUACAUGUUGAACGAUAAAUCAGUUCGUAACAUAUUUUUGGAUUUUUAUUAAGUAUUCUAUGGACACCCUAUUUUACGAUAUGGUCAAUCGUGGAUGACCAAAUCGUGAAACGUUAACAAUUUAACGAUAUGGUCAUUUCUACGAUAGGGCCUCGACAUAGUUAUUCGAGAUUUCCCAGAGAACUUCAGAUGGUAAAUGGAUAUUUGGUUGGCCAUCUAAGGGUGUGUAAGGAGGUUGUUGGAAACUCAUAUUGUAGUACGAGAGUUCUCUCAAAAAUGAGGUUCACAAAUUUUUUUCGGCACAAGCUAUUUUUAUUUGAAAAAAACGAAUUUAUCAUUGGAAACGUUGACGACGCAUAUUUUUAGACGAGAUAUCCACUUUUGCACUCCCUCGUCCAUCUCGUUAACCGUCUAGGUGUUCCUUCAAUUUCGGAAACGCUAUGUCAGGGUUGUAAGGGGGAUGGGCAAAGACUUCCCACCCAAAUCGCUCGAUUCUGUCCUUUGCUUGUUGUGAGACGCACGUUGUCGUGGUGCGGUCUUACGCUUUGGAGAGUUUACCUCUACGUCGAUUUUGGUUUGCCCUUAUCAGCUUUUUCGGAAGCUCCAGGAAUGUCAACCACCUGUUCCCGGAUCGUUAUUCGCCGAUCUUAGAGCAAUAUUUGCUCAAUCUUCCUCCCGCUUCGUUGUUCAUGGUGGGUGUCCAUGCUGCCAUCUAAGCACUCUUUUCACCAUUUGAAUACAUUCUUCACUCAACUGGCGAUUAAUUUCUACGGAUGGUAACGUUUUUGCGUGCAAAAAUCGGAUGACCGCACGAAUUUCCCACCUGGCGGUGAUGGCGAUGAAGGGCUGCAUCGCGCAUUGCUCCCAGUCCUGUACUGAGCGUCACCAAUAGGCGCUUCUUGUUGGGAUCGAUGGUGGGGGAACCGACAAACACGACGGUGAUGUCAGAUUUUGCCUAGCAUCACGCGCGGCACGGUUACAGCGUUGGGAACCAUACUUAUGAAACAACCCUCGCAAUUGUGAGUUUCGAAUACAGAUAAAAAAAGUCAGUAGAUGUCUUGUGCACGUGAGUAUAGGUUGUGUCAGCGAAUAUCUGUAGCCGACGAUAAGCAAAAUCAAUAGGGCAACGUGCAUAUUACUUUAUUAGAAUUGCUCCUACCUUGAAUUUUCUAUUUUACGGGCUACAGCAAACUGAUUGAUGGAUUUUGACAUUUUAGGUGUCCUUAGACUCGUCUUGAUAGCACAAUUAAAAAUUCAUUCAUUUUUGAAUUCUUUUAAAAUGUGCUGGUAUAAACACUUUUUUAAAUAUCGCUUUAAUUGAUUUUCCUUAUAAAGAUGAAUUUGAUUCCAGAAUAACUAACUCCACAUAUUAGGCAAUGGGUGAUCAGCGUUACUACCCAAACUACAACUAUCCCCCGGCAGAAGUACCACCUUAUCCGCCUCCACAAACUCCACAUCAGUACAACCAAUGGCCAUCUCAUCCCCCCACCAGCUACUUACCACCCUAUCCCCCACCAUCUAAUCCUUAUUCCCACCCCCCUCCUCAAAUACCUCCUGCGUAUAACGUUUCUUCUCCGGAUAUGAGGGUGGAUCCACAGUAUGGAUACAAUAAUUAUGCCAACUACUCAACGUAUCCAGCCAACUAUAACCAGAGCUGUGCAGCUGGAACAACUAAAGACUACACCACGGAAUUGGAGACGUAUAAAUAUAUGAAGUCGAGAUUCGGAAAUGGGCCGACAAAUAGGAAUGAUGUAACUCAUAGAUCGACGACACCUUUAGAGCAACCAAGAAGAAGAUCCAGAUCUAGGAGUUCUGAUCGGCGUACUAGAAGCGACAAUAGGAGGGACAGGAAAGACUACAGGGAUCGGUCUGGAAGCAGGCGUUCCAGAAGAAGCAGGUCUAGAUCUAGAAGCAAUUCUCGAGGAAGAUCCCACAGCUUUCGAUCUUCGUCUAGCUCAUCCAAGCCAAGUAGAACGUCAAAUGACUCAAAAAAAGCUACUGAGCGAGAACAGAUACUUCAAAAGUGGCGAAGAAAUUAUGCAUCCACAACUCAAGAGAUCACCAAUAAAUUGGAAGAAUUAAAGAAUCUUACUAUGGAAGAGUUCCUGGAAAGAGAAAGUAAUAUAUGGACACGAUCUACACCAGCAGAGUUAUAUUAUGUCAGAGACUCGAAUGACCUCACAAAAACCAAAGCCACCCCUAAGCUCGUUCAGCUUUGUGAAAUUUUCAGAGAACAGUUAGUAAUGAGAGCAAGGAAAAUAAAUGCACUAAAGCCUAAAUACGAACCACCUCCAAGAAAGAAUAGGGCAAGGCUGUGCAGACAUAAGGCUGAAGUUGGUUCAAGUUCCGAUAGUUCAAAUGAUGAUUUGACUGAUGAAGAGGACUGUUCUAUGGAGGAGCUAGAAAGAAAACAGAAACAUCCAGAUAGAUUACAUCCAGAAAUGUGGUAUAACGAACCAGGAGAAAUGAAUGAUGGACCACUAUGUAGAUGUUCCUUGAAGUCCAAGAAAUCAGGAAUAAGACAUGGUAUUUACCCUGGCGAAAAACCGAUACGAAGAUGCGAUUUAUACAGCAACAAUAUCGAUAAAUUAUACCAUUAUAGGAUCACCAUAUCUCCGCCUACAAACUUCCUGAUAAAAACGCCCACAAUCAUCGAGUACGACGAACACGAGUUCAUUUUCGAAGGAUUCUCCGUUUUCACACAUUUUCCAUUAGAGAAAUUACCGCCUUGCAAGGUUAUACGAUUCAAUAUCGAAUACACGAUACUUUACAUUGAAGAGAAGUUCCCAGAAAAUUUUACCGUACAGGAAUUGGAAUUGUUCACAGAGUAUCUGUUCAAGGAAAUACUAGAAUUGGUGGAUUUGGAUUUCAAAGCGACCAAUGACAAAGACGGUUGUGAUCGAUUCCACUUCAUGCCUAGAUUUGUGAGAGAACUGCCAGAUAAUGGAAAGGAAAUUUUGUGUAUGAAAGAGGUGUUACAGUAUCUUCUUAGAAGCUCUAUGCCUCUAAUUAAGGAAUCUGAGUUGGAUAACAUGGUCAAAAUGUCUCAGUAUGAAUGGCAAAAGUAUGCGGAUGAAAUAAAAGGCAUGGUCGUUACAUACCCUGGCAAGAAACCUUGUUCAGUGAGAGUAGAUCAGUUAGAUCGCAACAUAGACCUACAGAAAGAGGGAGACUACAAAUUCCCUGAAAUUGUUCACUUUGGUAUUCGUCCUCCUCAAUUGAGCUAUGCUGGUAACCCAGACUACCAGAAAGCCUGGAGAGAUUACGUGAAGUUUAGACAUUUAUUGGCUAACAUGUCUAAACCUACCUACGAAGACAAGAGGAAAUUAGAAGCAAAAGAGAACAAACUACAGGAAAUGCGCACUCAAGGUAAAAUGAAAAGGGACGUGACGGUUGCUGUUUCAUCGGAAGGAUUUUACAGAACUGGGAUUAUGUGCGAUAUAAUUCAACAUACAAUGUUGAUACCAGUCUUGGUGUGCCAUCUCAGAUUCCACCAUUCUUUAUAUCUCCUAGAAGAUACGGUUGGGUAUAAGUUCCAAAACAGGAGUUUGCUUCAGUUGGCGCUCACUCACCCGUCGUAUCGUGAAAACUUUGGCACUAAUCCUGACCACGCCAGGAAUAGUCUUACUAAUUGUGGAAUACGGCAACCAGAAUACGGAGAUAGAAGAAUACACUAUAUGAACACAAGGAAAAGGGGGAUCAACACUCUGAUCAAUAUUAUGUCACGGUUUGGAAAGCAGCAAGAAACUGAGUCGAAUAUAACUCACAAUGAACGUUUAGAGUUUUUGGGAGAUGCUGUUGUCGAGUUUCUAUCUUCGAUACACCUGUUCUAUUCAUUUCCUGACCUGGAAGAAGGUGGGCUGGCAACCUACAGAGCCGCAAUUGUACAGAAUCAGCAUUUGAGUGUGCUCGCAAGAAUCUUGAAGUUGGACCAGUAUAUGCUGUACGCGCAUGGAUCCGAUCUGUGUCAUGAUCUGGAGCUUAGGCACGCAAUGGCUAACUGUUUUGAGGCACUGAUGGGAUCUCUGUUUUUGGAUGGCGGAAUCGAGGUAGCUGAUAAGGUAUUCUCUGCUACUUUUUUCGAAGAACGCCCUGACCUACACGAGAUAUGGGUGAAUCUUCCACUGCAUCCAUUACAAGAACAAGAACCGGAUGGUGAUAGACAAUGGAUCGACAAGUUCGAAAUCCUUAAGAAUCUGGCAAAGUUCGAGCAAAGCAUCAACUUGGAAUUCAAGCACAUCAGACUUUUGGCACGUGCUUUCACAGAUAGAAGCGUGGGCUAUACCAAUCUGACAAUGGGAUCAAAUCAAAGAUUGGAAUUCUUGGGAGAUACGGUGUUACAGUUGAUUGUAUCCGAAUACUUAUACAAGUUCUUCCCGGAACAUCAUGAAGGGCACUUAUCAUUAUUGAGGAGCUCACUAGUAAAUAAUAAAACUCAAGCGGUGGUAUGUGACGAUUUGGACAUGGCAAAGUAUGCAGUAUACAACAACCCGAAGGCUGAGCUGAAAACCAAAGAUAGAGCAGACUUAUUAGAAGCGUUCAUAGGUUCGUUGUAUGUUGAUCAAGGCAUGGCAUACUGUGAAGUAUUCUGCAAGGUGACGCUAUUCCCUCGACUACAAGAAUUUAUCAUGAAUCAAGACUGGAACGAUCCGAAAUCGAAGCUUCAACAGUGUUGCUUGACACUACGUACCAUGGAUGGCGGUGAGCCUGACAUUCCGGUAUAUAAAGUGAUUGAGUGCAAGGGACCGACCAAUACUAGAGUGUAUACGGUGGCAGUAUACUUCAGAGGAAGAAGACUAGCUAGCGCCAUGGGUCAUAGUAUACAACAAGCUGAGAUGAACGCUGCUAAAAAGGCGCUGGAAAUAUCUCAAGAUUUGUUCCCUCAACUGGAUCACCAGAAGCGAGUAAUAGCAAAAAGCAUGAAGAAGCAGAAACGUGGUAGAGGUCACAGCCCUACAAGAACCAGACGUGCUCCAGCUGCAUCGAAAUCGCCAGAACAGUAUUCAAGCACUAGAUUCGCAAGGUCCCGUUCAAAUGACCGUAAAAUGAACCAGACUGAUCGAUCGGAGAGUAGCAGAACUAUACAUACGUCUUCGAGAAAUGAAAGCAGGAGUUGAUAAUGUGAAGGUUUUACAAUCUAAAAUGAUAUAGAUAUAUGGAUGAAAUAUACUCAUAACUAACUAGUCGUGGCGCCAUUGGUACUUAAUCUAUUUUUUACGAUACUUCACGUUUUAACGUCUGUUGAGUUGAACAGCUGAUCAGCUAGUGACAUUGUUGUGUUGCCUUUACUGUUUGCAAUAUUUAAUAUGGUGAAUAUCGGUACAGUAAAAACCUAUAAAAAUGUAUUUCCACGUACGUAACUUUCACCGACUGAAAUUGACAAUAAAAUAUACGGAGUACACAUAAGGAAAUGCAAUAAAUAUCAAUACGUCCUAGUCUACAGAUCUGCCAGAGUCCAGAGUUGUCUGUUACUUGAUGAUAUAUUUUUACACCGCGCAGGUAGAAGCCCAAAUCCCAGGGCACCGCGGCUGCUAUGAGGAGCUUAAAAAACUUUGUUAAUCCGAUUUUUGAACUGCCUAAGAUUAGUAGAGCUGGCCUCCUCAUGUAGAUUGUUCCACAAUUUCGAUACCCUAGGGACAUAGGAGCGGUCAUGUCGGCAAGUUCUAGAUGUACGUAAGUUCAAUAGGAGGCCAAAGUCUGUCGAAGUCGGCUGGCAAGCAUAUAGAGCUGUGGCAUCAUGGAGGGGAGCUCUGUGGAGCAAAGCCCGUUGGCGUAGCUAUAGCAGAGAGCUAGAUCACUGACUGCCCGCCGGUGCGAAAGCAUCCUUAGACUGUCCGUUAGAGAAUCGUUGGACAGCCCUCCUCUGAACACCAAUGAGCAUGGACAAUGUAGUCGGGGCGGCAGCACCCCAAACAUGUACUUCUUAGCCAUAGACUCCUCCGCUAUAUGUUCGUGGGGCAUCUAUUGAACCCGGAUGAGCUCUAGGACGUUUCUUGUUAAUCAAGGUACAGUACUGUGUUUUGCAAGCAUUAAACUGUACAAGAUUGUUGCGUCCCCAAGCAGUGAUAACAUCCAAGUCUCUGGUCACAGAGGAAGUCGCUGUUAGUCUCCUUUUCUCCAGCUCACCGGCAGAAAUCGGUUUGUCACUCUGAAUUCCCGAAUGUCUCUACAUUCGGGAAUUCAGUCAUCAGCAAAGCUGUGGAUCAGAUUGACCGUACAGGAAGGGAGGUCAUUGAUAUGUAAAAGGAACUGUGUCGGGGAACACCCGGCCAGAGAGAAAGAAAGCCACCCAUCUGCAAAGUUUCUCUGCGGGCCAUAGGAUGGGAGUUUGCAUAAGAGGGCAGCAUGCAACAGUUGAUCCAAUGCUUUCGUGAUAUCAAGAGCAACAAGUGAGCCGCACCUGAAUAAGUUUACUCCACAGUUGCGUGAAGUUUGCUAGCAGGUCCCCCAGGCAGCCCAAGGCGCCGGAAACCAUACUGCCUGUCGCUAAUCAAGCCGUGACGUUCGAGGUACUUCAGAAGCUCUCGACUUAAGCACCUCUCCAUCAACUUUUAACAGAAAGCUGAGCUAUAGGCCUGUGGUUGUAAGCGUCGGUCUUAGAUCCUUUUUGGGAUGGGUUGGACAUGAGCAAAUUUUCAGUUUUCUGGGAAAGUAUAGGAUUCGUAAGAGACGCGAAAGAACUGGAGCAGGCUCCGCUGCACAACUCUUCAAUACAACGGCAGGAGUCGAGGCCAGAUCAGAAACUUUGUGAAUUUCGAGCGACAAGGGCACUCGUCUUACAAACAUGUCUGCAUGUUACUUCCAGCAUGUUGAAUCGACGGCAAUCGGUGGGGGGCGUCCAUGGUGGAGUUGACAGAAAGGAUAUUGGCAAGCACUUCCGAUAUGAGAUGUUUUCAAUGUCACUAGAUAAUAUGUCACGUAAUGAUGAAGUAUUGGGAAACAUAGGUUAGUUCAGUUCUUGCUACGUGGUGUCCAACUCUUAGUCCAAGAUCCGAGGUAAAGUUUUUCAUGCUAAAUUUGUUUUGUUCACAGGAUGUCUCGGAUAGUCAUAUCGUAAUAAAGUGGUACUUUCUGUAUUCUUUUAAACAAGACACAAUAUUUGAUAGCACUGACACCCUGUAGGGUCACUGAAGAUGUUCCAACGUAAAUUACACAUAUGCAUCAAAAAAUGAACGGACCAGCAUUGGAUUGACAAAAAAUAUUGUCUCUGAAAACGUAUGUUGGUAUUAUUCAAUCUGUGGUUGGUCACAGAGUAAAAACUAUUUCUCCUAGUAAUAAUACAGUCCUAUGCGUUUUAAGUUAGGGUUGAUAAUGAUUUUUUGUUUUUCUAUGUAUAUUUUAAUUCCUUGAUAUAUCUACUGUGUAGCUGUACUAUGGAAUGUAUGAAAAUAUAAAAAGUUAUUUCCA